AUGCCUGCUGGUGUUCCUUGGUCAACUUACCUAAAAUUUGUAGCUGCUGCUUCGGUUUCAAUGAUCGUCGGAGCGCAAGCAGUGCAUGCAGUUUACAGACCUCUCGAUGAUUUGGAUGAACUGGUGCGAGAAGAAAUUGAAAGGCUGAAGAAAGAACGGGAGAUAGGACCAAAAUACAAAUAAUAACAAUAGUUUGAAAAGUUUAAUGAUGUCAAUUGAUGUGUAUAAAUUCUCCCAGUUACAUAAACUAUAGCCUACUUGUUUAUCAGCCCUGCCAGAGUUGGGUGUCUAUUUCUCAAAAUGUUAUGUAGCCUAACUAACAUGUUAAUUUAGUUCGUCAUAGGAUUAAAUACUUUUGGAAAUCUUUCA